AAAAGAUAUUUUUCAUAUUUUUCGUAUCGCCUUCUUCUUCUUCCUUUCAAAAACCAAACAAAAUAAUAAAAUUUAGGGUUUCUACUUUCCACAUUUUUCUCUGUAUUUUGAUGUUGACGAAAUUUUGGAAGUUAGAUUAGAUUAAGGUUUUUGUUUUUUUCGGAUAUUUUAAGGUUGUUAGGUGGACAAAGUAAAUUUAAGGUUAUUAGGAGGAAAAAAAAAGGAAUUAAGGUUGUUUUGAGGUGGGGAAUUGUUUCUUUCUUUUAGGAAUUAGGGUUUGUGUUUGAGUAUGCCAACUUCUUGGGCUGAUUCAGUUGCUGCAGCUGACAACGCGGCUGCUGGUGGCGGUGGUUCUUACGUUGGUGGUGCUCCAAGCAGGCCGACUUACGUCCCACCACAUUUGCGUAACAGAGUGGGUAGUUCUGAGGCAGUUGCACCACCGCCACCGGCUGUUGCCAAUAGUGUAGGUGGGGGGAAUCGUUGGGCGGCACCUAGAAACGACUUUAGGUCUGGGUAUAAUGGUGGUGGACGUGGCGGUGGUGGUGGUUGGAAUAAUAGGAGUGGUGGUUGGGACCGUGGAAGGGAUCGUGAAGUGAACCCGUUUGGAGAUGAUGUUGUUACUGAACAAGAGUUUGUUGACCAGGAGAAUACCGGGAUUAACUUUGAUGCUUACGAAGACAUACCUGUUGAGACUAGUGGUGAUAAUGUUCCACCUCCUGUGAAUACUUUUGCUGAGAUUGAUUUAGGUGAAGCACUAAAUUUAAACAUUAGGAGGUGCAAGUAUGUGAAACCGACUCCUGUUCAACGUCAUGCUAUACCAAUAUCUCUUGCUGGCCGAGAUUUGAUGGCUUGUGCGCAAACAGGUUCCGGGAAAACUGCUGCUUUUUGUUUCCCGAUUAUUAGUGGCAUAAUGAGGGGGCACUUUGGUCAAAGAGCACCACGGAUGCCCCGCACUGCAUGCCCACUUGCUCUUAUACUCUCGCCUACUAGGGAGCUAUCGUGUCAAAUUCAUGAAGAGGCUAGGAAAUUUGCGUAUCAAACUGGGGUGAAGGUGGUUGUUGCCUAUGGCGGUGCUCCAAUAAAUCAGCAGCUUCGUGAGCUAGAACGAGGAGUUGAUAUUCUUGUUGCUACUCCUGGGCGGUUGGUAGAUCUUUUAGAAAGGGCACGAGUCUCUCUACAGUUUAUCAAGUAUUUAGCUUUGGAUGAAGCAGACCGAAUGCUUGAUAUGGGUUUUGAACCACAAAUAAGAAAGAUUGUGCAACAAAUGGACAUGCCUCAACCUGGUGUGAGACAAACAAUGUUAUUCAGUGCUACUUUCCCGAAGGAAAUACAGAGACUGGCAUCUGAUUUUCUUGCAAACUAUAUAUUCCUGGCUGUGGGGAGAGUUGGUUCGAGUACUGAUUUGAUUGUACAGAGAGUUGAGUAUGUACAAGAAAGCGACAAGAGAAGCCAUUUAAUGGAUCUUCUUCAUGCACAAAGAGCUAACGGUGUUCAUGGCAAGCAAGCUCUUACUUUGGUAUUCGUCGAGACUAAAAAGGGAGCUGAUUCACUUGAAUAUUGGUUAUGCAUGAACGGAUUUCCUGCCACCACCAUCCAUGGUGAUAGAACGCAGCAGGAACGUGAGCAAGCAUUGAGAUCGUUCAAAAGUGGAAACACUCCAAUUUUGGUUGCAACAGAUGUAGCAGCACGUGGUCUCGAUAUUCCACAUGUGGCUCAUGUGGUCAACUUUGACCUUCCUAACGACAUCGACGACUAUGUCCACCGUAUAGGAAGAACUGGCCGUGCUGGAAAAUCGGGGCUAGCAACUGCUUUUUUUAAUGACAACAAUUCCUCGAUGGCUAGACCAUUAUCAGAUCUUAUGCAAGAAGCCAACCAAGAAGUCCCUGCUUGGCUUGCUCGUUAUGCAGCUCGAGCUUCUUAUGGCGGAGGCAAGAACCGUCGCGGUGGCGGUCGGUUUGGCGGUCGUGAUUUCCGACGAGACUCCAAUUACAAUAGGGGUGGUGGUGGAGACUAUUAUGGUAAUAAUGCUUAUGGAGCACCUGGGGGAUAUGGUGGCGGAUAUGGAGCCCCUGGCGGGUAUGGUGGUGGUGGUUAUGGUCCCGGUGUCACCAGUGCCUGGGACUGAGUUUCAUUCAGUUUAAAAUAGAACCUUUUUUGGUGGAUUUGUUUUUACCCUUUAUGGGGGGUAGUUUUUACAUCUACUAACAAAGUAGUAGGGUUGAGUGUUAACCUGUUGGUUAUUUUUUUCGUGGUUAAAUUUGGUGGUUGAUGGGUUGUGGAAUGUGGUAUGUUUUUGGUCGGAUAUGUAUACGAUAAAUGUUAAAUUCUGCAACCCAAGUUUGAGGGUCUGUAGAUUAUUGCGGGUUCCACAUUGUGUUUUUCUGCAGAGCCUCGUAUGGUUAAAUGUAAGUGUGCUUGUUUAGUUGUGGUUGUGUUGAAAAAAUUUUCAUUCAUUCUUUUUCUAUUACCAAGUAGUAAUGAAUAGUAAUGAAUGAUAGGUUGGUGAGGUGAAGCUGGUUGAGGAGAAGGAAAAAAAAGAUGGGAAGUAAAUGUAGUUUGGUUAUGUCUAUUUAUUAUCAUCACUAUUUAGAAUAUCUAUAUUCAAAAUUAUGAUUCCUGCUUUAUUUA